AUGUCUACUCUCUCAACCUCCUUCGCUCGUUCCGGAGACCAGCCGGCGGUGAUCGUUCCUGGGAAACCCACACCGUUCGUUGCAAGUUACGCCACGCUCAACGCCGACAUUGCGACUUUUCAAGAGAAGCUGGCGAAGCUGGGCGUUGCUCACGGUGCAGCUGUAUCCAUUGCCUUGACCAAUUCUUAUGAAUUCAUCGUUUCGUUCCUUGCUACGUCGUGGCAGCGAGCCAUUGCUGCACCGCUCAAUCCAGCCUACAAGCAAGAUGAAUUCGAAUUCUACAUUGAUGACCUGAGCUCUUCUUUGGCGCUGGUGCCGAAGGGUGCAUAUGCGCAGACCAGUGCUGCGGUGAGAGCUGCAAAGAAGUAUAAUGCUGCAAUUGCGGAAUGCUACUUUGAUGGAUCCCGAGUGGUAUUGGAUGUGAAAGAGAACGGCAAGCUGGCCGGGAAAGGAGGCAAGGAGGUUCAGACUGCUCAGCCGGACGAUACUGCGCUGGUUCUUCAUACGAGUGGAACGACCGGUAGACCCAAGGCUGUGCCACUCACACAUCAAAACCUCACCAGGACAAUGAAAAACAUUCAGGCCACUUACACCCUGACUGGCAACGAUCGGACCUUUCUCGUAAUGCCACUCUUCCAUGUUCACGGCCUGCUCGCUGCUUUCCUGGCCCCAUUGCAAUCUGGCGGAUCUGUUGUUGUGCCUCCCAAGUUCUCAGCCUCUGAAUUCUGGUCAGAUUUCAUUGAAUACAAGGCCAAUUGGUACACGGCGGUACCAACCAUCCACCAAAUUCUGCUGAAACACACACUUCCAUCCCCCAUGCCCAAGAUCCGGUUUAUUCGGUCCUGCUCUUCACCACUAUCUCCCAAAACAUUCCACGAACUAGAACGUGCAUUCAAAGCCCCCGUGCUUGAAGCAUAUGCCAUGACGGAAGCGUCACAUCAGAUGACAAGUAACCUACUCCCACCAGGUAAAAGACAGCCAGGAAGCGUUGGUAUCGGCCAAGGCGUGGAUGUACGUAUUCUGGAUAACGAUGGCAAGGAAGUGCCCCAAGGAUCCGAGGGAGAGAUUUGUGUGCGUGGAGAGAACGUCACCAAGGGCUACCUCAAUAAUCCCGCUGCCAACAAGUCGUCGUUUACCAAGGAUGGCUUUUUCCGAACCGGUGACCAAGGGAAAAAGGACGAGGAUGGCUAUGUCUUUAUUACCGGCAGAAUCAAGGAGCUGAUCAACAAGGGUGGUGAGAAGAUUAGCCCCAUCGAGCUGGACAAUGUUAUUGCUCAGAACCCACACGUUGGGGAGGCCGUAUCAUUUGCUAUUCCGGAUGCCAUGUACGGAGAGAACAUCGGAGUGGCCGUUGUCCUGAAGAAGAAAGGAAGCAUAUCUGAAGACCAGCUGAAAUCGGAGAUUGCUCAAAAGGUCGCCAAGUUCAAAGUUCCCCAGAGGAUAUGGAUUCUUCCCGAAAUCCCAAAGACUGCCACAGGCAAGAUCCAGCGCCGUAAAGUUGCAGAGGCGAUGCUCAAGAAGGAUUCGCCCUCUCCAAAGCUUUAA